UUUUUAGUAGAGAUGAGGUCUUGCUCUUGCUCAGGCUGGUCUCACUCCUGAGCUGAGGUGAUCCUCCCAGUAGUGCUAGGAUUACAGGCGUGAGCCCCCAGGCCUGGCCUGGUUACACUUUUUAAAAUGCUUAUUACAUACUGGAAAGUUUCAAUUGAUUGUAAAUUACGUUUAUGGCUCAGAAAAUCUCUGCCUCUUUGUUUACCAAAAAAGUAAUCUAAAAUCUAAAUGCAAGAGACUUGGGAUCAGUGUCCCUAGGCUUACACUGUAUUGCUUCCCCACUGUGUAGCUGUGUGACCUGGGGCAUGUACCUAAGCUUUCGGAGGUUUGUUUUCCUCAUUUCUGAAAGUGGGCUGGGCCAGUUUCUUCCAUUAAAAGUUAACUUCCACUAAAAGAAGUUAACUUCGAUUAAAAGGAAAAUAUGUACUCAUAGGAGAGGAAGACCUUUGGUGAAUUGAGAAUCCUGCCACAAUAGAUGUUGAUGCAUGAGCUAGAAAAUUACAGAGCAAACAGCACAGAGAAGGGCAUACAGCACUGUACAGCCAACAGGCCGGGAUUCUGGCAUUCUGGUUCAUUAACAUCUUUGGUCAACUUUGAGAUGUUAUUGUAAGCUUUUAAAUACUUAUUUUUAAGGUUUUUUUUUUUUUUUUUCCUGACUGUAAAAUGGUUUCCUCAGGAUUUGGGGGAUUGGAAAAUGUUUAAGAUAGAUAUUCUGACUUGAAAGGCAACAUGUGUGUGGUUACCAACCAUCCCAAAUUAGACUAAGAGGCUUUAGCAUAGAUACUGGAAUAGGAAGUAAACACUCUAUUUUUUUCCCCUAGUCGUUAUUCAGACCUGCUUCAUGAAUGAAUCUAAGCCUUUGCUUAGGAUAAAAAUGGGUAAUUCCAGAAUUGAUUGGCCAUACCAUUGUCACUGUGUUAAUGCUCCUUUCAUUGCACUGGUUCAUCUUCCUUCUCAAUUUACCUGUUGCCACUUGGAAUAUAUAUCGAUACAUUAUGGUGCCAAGUGGUAACAUGGGAGUGUUUGAUCCAACAGAAAUACACAAUAGAGGGCAGCUGAAGUCACACAUGAAAGAAGCCAUGAUCAAGCUUGGUUUCCACCUGCUCUGUUUCUUCAUGUAUCUUUAUAGUAUGAUUUUAGCUUUGAUAAAUGACUGAAGCUGGAGAAGCCGUGGUUGAAGUCAACCUGCAGCACAGUCGAGGAGCCAGAGACUACUUAAAUCAUCCUUAGAACCAUGACCAUAGCAGUAUAUAUUUUCCUCUUUGAACAAAAAACUAUUUUUGCUGUAUUUUUACCAUAUAAAGUAUUUAAAAAACAUGAA